AUGACAUGUCCCAUCCCCAGCAAAAACUAUCCUCUCUGGAACAACCCAAUCCUCAAACAAGAAUACCCUCGCUGGAACAACCUCUUCAACACAAUCCACCUCAACAACUCAGAAUCUCUCCGAAAAAUCCUCCAAGCAGCCCACACCGCAGAAAAAUUCCACCCAUUCAACCUUAAACUCCAUGCAAACACCAUUUUAACCAAUGGUGAAAUAAUCGCACUCCGUGAUUUUUCCUAUGCUUUUAAUCGGAAUUUUCUCGGUAGGGAUAUUAUACGCUAUCUUGUUCGGAGGGAAUUUUGUUUUUGUGCGCUGGGGUUGGGGAGGCUGGAUGAGAAUGAGGAUGAGGAUGAGGCGAGGGGGGGAUUGGAUAGAUGGGCAGCCAAAAUCCUCAUUUCUAUGAGGAUGCGAAGACAUUGA